AUGCCUGCUGAAGUGAAAGAGAGUUCAGAGGGUCACCCUCCACCUCUAUCUUUGGCCCAGGAGGGGAAAGAGCCCACUCUGGAUAACCCGUCCGCCACUGACGAACUGGACACGCCCACCUCCGUCGCCUCCGUGAUGACCUCGACCAAUGAGAGCUCCUGUGAGACCGACACCCCGCACCAGACGGACACUGAGGAGUCCAAGGCUGUGGAACAAGAGGGUGAACAGGCCCUGAGUGAGAGCCAAGAAUCAUCAGACACACAACUGGAGAACUUCCAGACCUCACCUGAUCUCACGUCGACCCCAGUGGUUAAAGAGAACGCUCCAGCUGAGCCACCCACUCCUGCAGCAAACACCGAACCCACUGAGUCCGUCACACCGAUCGCAACGACCUGCGGCGCCGCCACAGCACCUCCACAGCCUCAGGCGGUCCUGCCACCCGGGGAGCCCCAGUCGGUGAAUCCAGACAGCCAGGGCCGACAGUACACCCUUCCUGAUGCAUACAGAGGCAUCGGGGGCGACAUGUGCGCAGGGUACGGCAGCCUAUCCCGCGCCACCCUCCACGGCUACUGGCCGGCCAAGAACUUCCAGCCUGGGGCCCACUACACCCUCCCCUUCCUCCGGGACAGCUACGCCCCUGCUGCACUCAGCGGCCAGGCAGAGGAGGAGGGCGGCGGCGAGCGAGGAGGGAAUCCCCUGGACAUGAAGACUGACCACCCGACCCCCGGUUAUCCGACACUGGGGGGGAUCCCCCAGUUCAGGCCGAUUACAACCAUGGAGCUCCUCAGAGAGCCCUCGAGAACCAGAGGUGGCUACGACGACGCCUUCAUGGCCCAGCUAGAGGGGAACCUGAAUCCCUUCUUCCAGGCCAUGUGCCGAGCACAGACCCUGCAGUUCCCCCACAAGCGCAGCAGCAUGGUCAGCCUGGACAGCAUCCGCAGAGACCCACGCUGGAGGGACCCCAACCUGCACGAGGUCAUCUCCAUGCUCAGCCACCCGAUGGACCCGGUCAAGUCCAACGCGGCCGCUUAUUUGCAGCACCUGUGUUAUGAGAACGACCGCAUCAAGCAGGACGUCCGCCAGCUGAACGGCGUGCCGAUCCUGGUGGAACUGCUGGACCACCCGAAACCUGAAGUCCACCGUAAGGCCUGCGGGGCUUUGCGCAACAUUUCCUUUGGGAAAGACCAUAAUAACAAAAUGGCCAUCAAGAGCUGUGAUGGCAUACCAGCUUUGGUCAGACUGCUGAGGAAGACCAGCAGCAUGGAGGUCAAAGAGCUGGUCACAGGCACUUUGUGGAACCUCUCCUCACACGAGCCAAUGAAGAUGAUGGUGAUCAACCAAGGCCUUCAAACUCUGACCGACGAAAUCAUCAUCCCACACUCGGGCUGGAGGAGAGACUCGGCCGAUCCCUCCAAAAUGCACAGCGCUGAUUGGACCACAGUCUUCAAGAACACCUCUGGAUGUCUGAGGAACGUCAGCUCAGACGGGGCGGAGGCUCGACAGAGGUUGAGGGAUUGUCAGGGGCUGGUGGACGCGCUGCUUCAUGCCCUGCAGUCAGCUGUUCUCAACAAGGAUACUGACAAUAAGUCGGUGGAGAACUGCGUCUGCAUUCUGCGCAACCUCUCGUAUCACGUUCACAAAGAGAUACCAGGAGCCGAGCGAUUCCAGGAGCCCCACUCAAGUCUGAUGAGGUCGGUCGGGCAGCAGAAGAAGAAGAACGAGCCUGACUGUUUGGGCGGGAAAAGGCCCAAAGAGGAGUGGUUCAAUCAAGGUUGGAAAAACGGAUUUAUGGACAGAAAGUACGGUACAUUGGAUUUACCAAAACGUACAGAUCAAAUGAAAGGGUUGGAGCUGCUGUACCAGCCGGAGGUGCUGAGGCUCUACCUCUCUCUUCUCACCUGCAGUCACAACAACAACACCCUGGAGGCGGCUGCAGGAGCAGUGCAGAACCUGGCUGCGGGACAUUGGGCUUGGUCCAGCUACAUCCGGGCCACGGUGCGAAAAGAGAAAGGGCUGCCCAUCCUGGUGGAGCUGCUGCGCUCCGAUGUGGACAAAGUGGUGCGAGCGGUGGCCAUUGCUCUCCGCAACCUGGCCAUGGACAGGAGGAAUAAAGACCUCAUAGGGAACUACGCUCUGAGGGACCUUGUCGGCAAUCUUCCUUGUGGGCAGCAGCACCCGGCGAAGAAUCUGGAGGGAGAUACGGUGGUCUCCAUUCUGAACACUAUCCAUGAGAUCAUCACAGAUAGCCCCGAGAACGCCAGAGCGCUCAUACAGGGCCAUGCUGUGCAGAAGCUGGUGGCCAUCAACAAGUCCAGCCAAUCAGCACGGGAGACCAAGGCAGCGUCCCAUGUGCUGCAGACCAUAUGGGCCUACAAGGACCUGAGGAACACCUUAAUCAAGGCCGGCUGGAACAAGAGCCACUUUAAGCCAACGACCACAGGAACGACUAAAAAGUCCAAGAGUGCAAAGCAAGGCGGCGAUGACAUCACUUUGCCUCUCAUGGACAAAAACCAAGAUGUAUAUUCCAGUUUGGAGCAAAACGACAGAGUUGGAGAGGGGAAAGGAGCUGUUGUGGAAAGAGAUGCUCUACAGGCCACAAGUGAAAGGAAACACUUCAUCAGAGCUGGCAGACCUGCGGUGGGCCUCAUGGAUAACAAGCCUCCACCGCUGGACUCCUGGGUGUAA